AUGGUAGGGGUACAACCCACCUUGCAGGCGUUCUUAGGCCGAGGCACACCCUCAUCUACGAGUACCACAAAUACUCCAGAGCGCGAACCAAAACGUGCUCGCAUUGAAUCUCUGGAAAAAUGGCGGUACCAAGGCGAAGCCACGCUACCGAGCUCAUCAUCAGCGUCGGAGCGACGUGUUCCUGACGCGUCCCAAGGCUCCUCUAUUGUGCAACCCCCGCAUGCUGCUUCUCCGCCAAAGGAUAAAGUAAAGUACUCACCCUUGGAAGAGCAAAUCCUUCAGUUGAAAGCGCAGCAUCCAGAGCUGUUGCUCAUGGUUGAAGUUGGCUACAAAAUGAAAAUGUAUGAAGCAGAUGCUCAUGUAGCUAGCCAAAUUCUGCAAAUCGCUUGCUAUCAAGAAAAGAACCUCAUGGCAGCGAUGAUACCUGUGCAGCGUAUGAAUUUCCACAUCAAGCGGCUGCUUGCAGCAGGGUACAAGGUGGGCGUUUGCCGACAGACGCAAACUCGAGCACUGAAGGCUGCCACAGAAAAGGCCAACAAACCCUUUGACAGGGCGCUCACCGAUAUCUAUACGUCUAGUACAUGGAUCGAUGAUCUUUCCACGAAUGAUGAUAGCAAGGACGAACAGGUUCUCUCUGCAUUUGUUCAAGGCGCUUCGACCCCGACCACCAAGCGCUUUGCUAUGAUCUCCGUGGACAUGUCCUCGGCGUCGGUGGUGUAUGAUGAAUGGGAAGACGACGUAUUGUGCUCUGAGCUUGAGACCCGUGUCACACAUUUACGGCCUCGCGAUGUUGUUCUUUCUUCGUCGACGGACGAAAGGACCAAGCAUCUGCUACGCACAUUUCUCGAUGAGAAUGCUCGUAUCGAACAGCAAGAGAUUCCAGCGAAUAUACCCACUCUCUUUGCAGAUCAUCUUUCCCCACCUACAUUGGCAUGGGCUAUGGACCAAUCCUCUUUGCUGCAGCAUACCCUAGCAUUGGUCCUCGCUUUUGCCUCUUUUUACCGCCGGACAGCUGCACUCAAACAUGUUAGCCAAUAUACCCCUUUCUCGGAUUUGUCUUCCAUGCGUAUUCCUGCAGCUUCGUUGUAUCACCUGGAACUAUUCCAGAAUACCACUGAUGGUUGUGUACAUGGCAGCCUGUUCUGGCUCAUGAACGAGUGCCAAACGGCCAUGGGGCGUCGAAUUCUCCGAAAAUGGAUCCGCUGCCCCCUUCGAUCGCCAGCUGCCAUCGCGCAGCGUGCUGAUGCUGUUGAAUUGCUUCGUGCACGUCGUUUGCCGAUCCUGCAUCGCGCUAUCUCCCUCCUUUCUCAUUUGCCAGACCUAGAGCGGGGGCUCGUCCGCUUGUUGUACAAACUCAUCCAACCCACAGAAUUGGCGACCAUUUUACUCUCCCUUCAUCGAAUUUCGCACGAAUUCCAAGGUUCCUCGAUCAAUACUGGUAGUACUUUGCUUGACACACUUCUUUCUGAUCUGUGUGUGGCACGGGAUGACAUAUCCGAAUGGUUGCAUGCCAUUCACAUUCCCAGUGCUCGCCAAAACGACAAGGUGUCCCUAUAUUCGAACCCCAAUCAAUACCCUGCUAUGGUGGUGAUGCAGCGUGCUAUUGAGGAGGAUGAAAAAGCAUUGCAAGAGCAUCUUGGGGAAAUCCGACGUGUUCUCAAACGCCCAUCUCUGCAAUAUCUCAGUGUAUCGGGCGAAGAAAACUUGAUCGAAGUGCGAUAUGCAGAUGUCAAAUCCAUUCCGACAGACUGGGUCCGUGUGAAUGCGACACAACGAGCAGUUCGUUUUCGGUCACCUGUAACAGUACAACUGAUUCGACAACGUGAGCAGCAUCGUGAGCUCUUGCGAAAAGCUGCCAAUGAGUCAUAUAUCUCUUUCAUUACAGACCUGGGUGCUUCGUAUCUUGAUUUACGCCGAAUUGUCCAUGCUGUUGCUUGCUUUGAUGCUCUGUACAGUCUUGCUAUGGUUGCUUCUCGUCCAGGGUAUGCUCGUCCAAGUAUUGAAGCCAACGAUGAUGUGAAUGUGCUACAGUUGAACCAGUUCCGACACCCCGUAACAGAGGCCCUUUGUUCCUCGUACGUCCCUAAUGAUCUGACCAUGGGUGGCUCAGAAGCACCUCGUGGCGUCUUGAUUACUGGUUCGAAUAUGGGAGGCAAAUCCAGUACCAUCCGCGCUAUUGCGGUGAUCACCAUCAUGGCGCAAAUGGGCUCAUUCGUUCCUUGCGUAUCUGCCCGGCUUUCUUGCCUUGAUGCUGUAGUCACCAGAAUGGGGGCACGAGACGAUAUCUCGCGUGGGAAAUCGACGUUCAUGGUGGAAGCCGAAGAAACGGCGCAUAUAUUGCGCACUGCCACCCCCCAUACACUUGUUCUUCUCGAUGAGUUUGGACGAGGGACGUCCACAUUUGAUGGAUCAGCUCUUGCCGAGGCUGUGCUACGUUCUUUCUUAGAUCGUGGAACAGAGAUGCCAAAGCUGCUAUUCAUUACACACUACCUUUCUCUGACACACCUGGUAAAAAUAUACCCCACUCUUCUGACGAACAAACAUAUGGCUGUACAGGCAUCGACAUCUGACUAUGCGGCCCCUUCUGUUGUAUUUCUGCACAAACUCCUGGAUGGCGCUGCCUCCCAAUCCUUUGGCAUUCACGUGGCAGGCAUGGCAGGCUUGCCUGCUACGAUUACGCAGCAAGCAUGGGAAAUUGCUUCUAGUAUGGAGGCUCGUCAUGCUCAAGCUCUGCGUACGACAUUGGCGCGGCAGUGCCUCAGGGCGAUCUACCAAAACAAUACCAGUGUCUUACAAUGUCUACAUCAACAGAUUCUACCGUAA